CCCCGAAGGACAGCCCGUUCGUACUGGGAGGGGGAUACCGCCUCCACCGAAACCCAACACAGUUCCAUUCCCUGUGCAGGAAUAUUCAACCCAGACUGGAAUAUCGCUCGACAAGGCUAUCCUAUCGACAGAAUCCCCUUCAGUAGCCUAUUUCAAGACGUUUCUAUGCAGAUCGGCUCCAGGUGUUGAUAAAUACGAUCGGCUUUAUCUCUUUAACCGAAACAUACUGAAGGAUUUAAACAAAGAUCCUCAAGUCAAGGUGAUACAAUCUUCAUACGUGACCAUUAUUUUGAUGUCGCUGAAGAUCAACACUUGAAUAUGUGACUGGAUGGAUGCUAUAGCCUACCCGAAAGACGACAUGUUUGAACAGCUGAAUUACAAAUCUAACUGACUAGAAAUAGCCUGUAACAGUUCAUUAUAUAACUAGCAACGCGCUGUCAAAUUAACGAGGUAAACGCAAACCGAAUGGUCUCUUAGAUGAGAGAGAAUCUCAGGUGGAUUCCUUUUACAAGACGAAGGCACAUUAACGGGAAUCGGAUCGCUUUCGUAGAGUACAGCUCUGGACAUUUUCCCCCCUACUUUCUCAUGUUCACGAUGCAGUUCCGGACAGUACAAGAUGUAAAAGUUGUGGAUGUGGAGAAGAGACGGAAUCCCUCUAAGCAUUAUGUGUACCUCAUCAAUGUCACGUACUCCGACGCCUCCUCCCACGUCAUAUACCGCAGAUACAGCACCUUCUUUGACCUCCAGAUGCAGAUUCUUGACAAGUUUCCAAUCGAGGGAGGGCAGAAGGAUCCCAAGCAGAGGAUCAUCCCCUUCCUGCCAGGGAAAGUCCUGUUCCGUCGGAGCCACGUCAGAGACGUAGCCAUGAAGCGACUGCGGCACCUGGAUGACUACUGCAGGGCCCUGGUGAGGCUGCCGCCGCGGAUCUCCCAGAGCGAGGAGGUGCUGCGGUUCUUCGAGACGAAGGCCGAGGACCUCAACCCCCCGAAAGAGGACUAUGGCACCUCCAAACGCAAGUCAGUUUGGAUGUACGGGCUGCCCGAGAGCCCGAAGAAAGAGGUGCCAGGGGGGGACGGCGGGGACCCCAUGGUGCUGGAGCAGUACGUGGUGGUGGCCAGCUACGAGCGGCAGGAGAGCUCCGAGAUCAGCCUGCAGGCCGGGGAGCUGGUGGACGUCAUCGAGAAGAGCGAGAGUGGCUGGUGGUUUGUCAGCACGGCAGAGGAGCAGGGCUGGGUCCCAGCCACGUACCUGGACUCUCAGAACGGCACGCGGGACGACCUGGAGCUCAGCACCUCCAGGGCUGGAGAAGUCACAAAGCGACGGCAGUCCCACCUGAGACGGCUGGACCGCCGAUGGACCCUGGGCGGCUUUGUGAACCGGUCGCAGAGUCGAGAGGAGAAAUAUGUCACGGUGCAGUCCUACGCCAGCCAGGGUAAGGACGAGAUUGGGUUCGAGAAAGGGGUCAUCGUGGAGGUCAUCCAGAAGAAUUUGGAAGGCUGGUGGUUCAUCAGAUACCUGGGGAACGAGGGAUGGGCCCCCGCCUCCUACCUGAAGAAGGUGAAGGACGACUUCUCCCCGCGGAAGAAGACCCUGUCGGGCCCGGUGGAGAUCAUCGGGAACAUCAUGGAGAUCAGCAACCUGCUGAACAAGAAGGCGGCGAGCGAGCGGGACGUGCACGCGGACCCCGAGGGCGAAGGGCCCCACCUGAGCAAGCGCCAGAUCGGCCCCCCCGUCCCGCGCGAGGACCCGGCCACCGGCGCCGCCCUGCAGGACAGCCGCGCGUCCCCCGCCAUCGCCCGAGUCACCCCCCACCGCGUGGACUUUGGUUCUCCAAACCUCCGCCAGAGGCCCCCGCCUCGAAGAGAUACCAGUCUGGGCUCCCUGUUACCCAAGCCUCCAGAGCCCCCUGCUGUCGAAGCGGAGUAUUACACCAUUGCAGAAUUCCAGUCCGAGAUAUCCGAUGGGAUUAGUUUUCACGGUGGACAGAAAGCUGAUGUGAUUGAGAAGAACUGCGGGGGAUGGUGGUACGUUCAGAUCGGGGAGAAAGAGGGCUGGGCUCCCUGCUCCUACAUCGACAAGCGGAAGAAGCCCACUCUCAACAGGAGGACCAGCACUCUGACCCGGCCGAAGGUCCCGCCCCCGGCCCCGCCAAUCAAAAAGCAGGACUCUGAGGACGCCGCCCCUCCCGCCGACCCCCCUGCGAGCAGACCCCCGUACGAGGAGCCGGAGUACGACAUUCCCGCCAUCGGCUGCGACCUGGACUUCGACCUGGACUUCCUGAAGGGGGAGCUGUCCGCCAACUCCAGGGGCGGAGACGCGUCAAAGCCCGCCCCCGUCCCCACCCCCGCCUCCUCCUCCUCCUCCUCCUCCCCCUGGAGGCGGUCCCUCAAGCUGAGUGAGGACACAGUGCGGGGGGAGGAGGAGGAGUGCGUGUACGAGAACGAGGGAGGCUUUCGGCCCCGCCGAGGGGACGGGGAUUCGGGCGGAGAUUCGGACUCGCCCAGGUCCAGUCGGUUCUGCACCGUCAGCGUGGCCUCGCAGGCCGCCCUGCGGGACGGGAGGGGGGCACGAAGGGCGCAGGCAGAGCUGCCCAAGGCCGAGGACCUUGCCCCCGGGUCCCCCCGCACCGAGCCCGCCUGCCCCCUGGCCAAGCCCCUGGGGCUCCGCAAAGACCCGGAACCUAAACUGGGCCUGAGCGCCUCCACCAAACCCAAGCUCGUGGUGCGACCCAAGCCCCUCCUGACGAAAUCGGAGCCCCAGAGCCCAGAGAAGAUGGACAUCGGCGCCCUCCGGAGGCAGCUGCGGCCCACGGGCCAGCUGAGGUCCGGCCCGAGGAGCUCCAGGGGCGAGGACUCGGAGACGGCGUCCCUGGUCUCGUCCUCGGACUCGGCCUCGUCCCGCAGCACCUCGGACCUCUCCAGCGUGCACUCCAGGGGGGGCAGCCGGGGGGACUGGGACCCGGAGCCCUGCUGGUACCGGGCCACCGACAGCUACGAGAGGGCGCAGCAGUCGGAGGUCAGCCUGGCGGCGGGGGCGGAGGUGGAGGUGCUGGAGAGGCAGGAGAGCGGGUGGUGGUACGUGCGCUGCGGGGGCGCCGAGGGCUGGGCGCCCUCCUACUACCUGGAGCCGCUCAGGCCGCACUCGGACGGGGGGGGCUCCGGGUCCGAGGGGACCCCCUCCAAACCGGGCAGCCUGAGCAAGUCCAACAGCCUGGAGAAGAACGAGCAGCGGGUGCAGGUGCUCAACAACAUCAACCAGAGCCUGCAGAGGGUCGGUUCGUCGCCCCCCAUCCCCAACAAGCCCCCCGGGGGCUUCGCCAAGGCCGCCGCCCCCCCCGCCGCCCCCAACGGCCCGGUGAAGAUGCGCAACGCCGUGCGGCGGCUGGCCGUCCGGCCGCAGUCCGUCUUCGUACCGCCGCCCGUCAAGGACACCAACGUCCUGACGGGCUCCCUGCGGAGGAACGAGUCCCUCGGCUCCGCCCACCAGCCCAGGGCCGCCUCCCCCGCCGUCCGCCGGAACUCCUCCUUUGGCGCGGUCCCGGCGCAGGCGCGCGAGGGCGGGGCCGAGCGGCGGGACGGGGCGGGCCCGGGGGACCGGGCGCAGCCGCGCACCGUCGUUCCCGUGUCCGCCGUCAGGCCCAAGCCCAUCGAGAAGGCCCACCUCAUCCACAACAACCUCCGCGAGGUCUACGUCACCAUCGCCGACUACCGCGGCGACAAGGAGACCAUGGGCUUCACCGAGGGCACCAGCCUGGAGGUCCUGGAGCGCAACCCCAACGGCUGGUGGUACUGCCAGGUGCUGGACGGGGGGCGUGUCCAGAAGGGCUGGGUGCCCUCAAACUACCUGGAGAGGAAGAACUAGCACUUCUCUGCUAACGUUUCAAAUACAUUCUUAUUUUUUAAAAGUCAAUGCAAAACUGUGUGAUCGUAUUUGAAGAAGACUCUUUCGGAGCUGGUUUACUGAAAAGGCAUGGCGUAUGAGAGGACUUACAUGGUCGUUGGGAUAGAGUGGAGCAGGCAAUAUCGUGUCUUAGGGGGGAAAUUCAUUGUUGGAACUGAGGUUAAAGGAGGAUAUUUGUGUGAUAAUUGCUCUGAGCAGGGUCAUCCACGUAUUAUCCCUGAUAAGGGUGCCUUUCGAUGACCUUAAACAGAAUAAAUAUGUUGAGGAAUUAAAGAAACGUAAAUGCAAAUGGCGAAGAAUCAAAAGCUUUUUUUGUGCAACUCAAAGAAAAAAAGUGUUGGAAGAGAACAUAUAUGCAGGAAUUGGAUUAAGCUUUACUGAUAAACGUUCAUCAACAUGCAAUACUGAGGUUGGGGUUGUAGUGACUCAGCAAAUCCUCUGGUUCUCCUCUCAAAAGUGUGUUUUCUGUCUGGUGUGUUUUUUGCGUUGUUUAAAGAUGCAUCUCAGCUUUAGUCUUAUGACACCCACACAACUAGUCUGAGUCUGAAGGUGUUUUAGUCCAACACGUGUCUGCUCAGAGGUUUAUAUGUAAAGCCUGAGUCUGAAGGUGUUUUAGUUCGGCACGGUUCUGCUCAGAGGUUUAUAUGUAAAGCCUGAGUCUGAAGGUGUUUUAGUCCGGCACAUCUCUGCUCAGAGGUUUAUAUGUAAAGCCUGAGUCUGAAGGUGUUUUAGUCCGGCACGGUUCUGCUCAGAGGUUUAUAUGUAAAGCCUGAGUCUGAAGGUGUUUUAGUCCGGCACGGUUCUGCUCAGAGGUUUAUAUGUAAAGCCUGAGUCUGAAGGUGUUUUAGUCCGGCACGGUUCUGCUCAGAGGUUUAUAUGUAAAGCCUGAGUCUGAAGGUGUUUUAGUCCAGCACGGUUCUGCUCAGAGGUUUAUAUGUAAAGUCUGAGUCUGAAGGUGUUUUAGUCCGGCACGGUUCUGCUCAGAGGUUUAUAUGUAAAGCCUGAGUCUGAAGGUGUUUUAGUUCGGCACGGUUCUGCUCAGAGGUUUAUAUGUAAAGCCUGAGUCUGAAGGUGUUUUAGUCCAGCACGGUUCUGCUCAGAGGUUUAUAUGUAAAGCCUGAGUCUGAAGAUGUUUUAGUCCGGCACGGUUCUGCUCAGAGGUUUAUAUGUAAAGCCUGAGUCUGAAGGUGUUUUAGUCCAGCACGGUUCUGCUCAGAGGUUUAUAUGUAAAGUCUGAGUCUGAAGGUGUUUUAGUCCGGCACGGUUCUGCUCAGAGGUUUAUAUGUAAAGCCUGAGUAUGAAGGUGUUUCUCAUCUGUUACUGAGAAACAGUACCAGCACAUAAACAAGCACAGGCAGAGACGCGCACACACACGCACACACGCACACAUCAAAAGUCAAAAAUUCUAAAUCGUAUCUCCAUCGCUGACCUGUGUGCCUGUAGUAGCUUUACAAAUUUUUUUUAACUUUCUUCCUUGUUGUUGUUCCAGGAAAAAUCCUUUCUUCAUGCUCGCCCAUAAGAUGGAAGUAUUGUUGCUGGAAAUUUAAGCACUCAGAUAGUGUCUGUUGGAAGUUUCAUGGGAACCACAGACCAGUACUGGAAAUUAGGCUUGAGCUUUGCCAACCAACCCAGCGAUAUAGAUACAUAUCUUUGAGCCUGAUGUGGUCCACACAAAAAAAAACAUCAGUGCCGAUUUCGUAUGUAGUGUUAUGUACCUACAAAUUAAAGGCUACAACACAUUUCCUGGCAGAAAUAACAUUGAUAUCCGGAGGAACUUCGAUCUUCUUGCCCUGAGUAAUAACAUUUCUGUGUAGGAUGGAUUUUUCAGUUUUAAUAUUGCUGUGCAGUAUUAGUUAAAUUAGCGAAAUGUCCAGGCAAGUCAGUUUACAUUUAAAUUUUGUAUGACUAUUUAUAUUAUUUUAUUAUUUAAAGCAGUAUGGUAUUUCUAGUCAUGAAAAAUAAAUGCAGUAAAAGCUGUCUCUGACCCUUUUCUGGAAUCAGAACUCCAGAGAACCUGAUCAAAUCUGAGAUGGAUAAGUUGGAAGGUGUAACUGGGGACUUUUUCUGGUUUCCUGAUUUGGAAUCAAAUUGAAAGCUAGAUGGAUAUUAUUCAUGUUAUUUUUAUGUUAAUCACAUGUUUCUGUUUAAUUUACCAAAGCAUUAAAUGACUUAAGCCAAUUCAAUUGGCUGAUGUUCAAGGCUGCCAAAAUAUUUCAGUACAAUCUCCAAGUAUGUAGGUUAAGCACUAACUUUUAAUUUCUGCUGGGCAGUAUUAAAUAUAGCAUUAGACAACAUAUUUUUAAUUUUCAGCCCUUUUUUAUUGAGCAAAAAGGGUUGCUUUUUGCGAUUGUGCAUAAACAGUAAUGAGAAAAGAAGUGGUCAUUUUUGGAAAUAAAUGCACUUUAAAAUCUUGUCAGAUCUGAGUGCAUUACUUAAAGGUGCAGCAUGAUUAAUUCCAAUCGCAGUAAUAUUAUUUAUUGGAUUUCCUUUUUAUACAUAAAAAUAUUUUUUUUUAUUAAGUGUUUCAUUGAAUUUUCAGACAGUUCAUUGCAAAAGUAGCUCAUACAAUGCUAGUGAAUUAGCAAGCAAGAGUUUUAAAGUGGCCUUUCCUCCUAAGUUUUAAAAAGAACUUUUAUCCAAUUUGUUCAGUCAUGAUUUUUUAAUUUUUUUUUUUUUUGCAUUUAUAUGUAUUUAUUAAUGGAAUCUGUGAAAUAUUGCCCCCUUGGUAUUAAGAGCUGUGGCCUCAGAUGCAAUUCAUUGUGCUUCCAUUGAAACAAAUCUCGUCUAUAGCUGUAGAGACAUUUAAUAUUUCCCGACUGCAAAAUAAAACGUUACUAAAUAUUAAAAUGCUCAUUUUUAUUAGGCCUUUUAUUGGUGAUAAUUUCCCCUUUAAAAUGUAUGUUCGUUACCUAAUGCUGUGUACUGUAGAUUUAACAAUGACAGACCCUUCCUGUGUCAUUGUGUGACUUUAUAUAAUGCCUGAUUGCUUUUUUUGCCGGUUUGUGUGCAGAACGUGUAUGGUGACAUGCCAAAUGACUCAUAAGGGGGACAGCUGCAGAACCGAACUGAGUCUGAAUAGGUUGCAGUGCCUGGCCUUCCUCUGGUCAGACAGUCAACUCCCUCACACAGAAGCAAUGAGACACGUUAGCCAUGCAUAGCUGAACGUGGCUUGUGUGGAGAGGGGGUCUCAUUUAGACUCUCUGCCGUAGUUAUCAUAAAGACUUGAGUUACAUUUUUGUACGAGGAUCCUGUGCAAUUGUAUUUUCUAACUUCUAUCAGUUAAACAUGAACUGGAAAAAACAUGUCCACCUCCGUUCACCUGUUUAUGACGAAGGCAUUAUAUAAAAGUGUUCAAUUUCAUAAAAAUGUUUAGUACAGCAUGUACUAAGGUGCUAGCCAAUUACUUUCAAUUAAAACAUACCUGCUUUGCUUUAUAAAACCACAAGGGAAUAUAAUUAUUGUUCUAAUUAUUUUAUGUGUAGUAGCAUUACUGCAUAUAUAUAUAUAUAUAUAUAUAUAUAUAUAUGCAAAAGUAUUGGGACAGUGAUGCAAUUUUUUUCUUUUUUGGCUCUGUACUCCAGCACAUUUGAAAUUGAUUUGAAAUAAAAUGAUGAAUAUGUGAUUAAAA